GAAUACACCCCCCUCCACCCCCCCCCUGGACCUUGACCUUGACCCCUUCCACUUCCCUUGCCUCUCUCUCUCUCACACUCCUCACUCCUCUCUUCCACCUUACGCCUUACGCAGACGCAGCACACGCAACGCAACGCAACUUCUCUCCCACCUCUACCUACCUACGUACGCUCGCUCGCUACCUUACGGAUACUGCUGGCGUACGUUACGUCCGCUCUUUUGCUCCCAUCAAUUCCCCUGGCGGCCCACUCCCCAAUCGCACCCUCCUCUCCGCCCGCUACCAACCCUUUCAACACCCCCAUCCCCCCCCAUCCCAUCCCUUCCUUCUCGACACCGCACUUCACUCGCCUUCUGAAAUUCGAUUCUCGAUUUCUACCGACGACAAGGCACCGAAUCUUGCGAACCAACAAAUACUCUCCCAUAGCGGCCACGAUCGCUUCGCUGGGACUCGCAUUCACCCUCAUGACCGACGCCUGAAAUACUCCCGACCGACCCGGAAGUCCAAGCUAGAAACUCUUGGCUCAGGAACUCUCGACAGUGCCGAGCCUCGACUCUUCCAACUAGCAGACGAGAAGCAAACCCGGCUUUGGAAACAACACCAUAGGCAGCUCCAAGCCCGACUGGAAAACACAGCAGUUGCGCAGCCUUUGACGACUAACAUUUUCGACGACAACGACUUCCACUCUUUAAGUCAACCCAUCUCGCCGACCUGAUCUGACACCAAUACGAUUCAACUACCCGACGACCACCGGGAGAGUUCCGUCGAAGACUCUCUAUCCGUUUCUCCUCCUCCCUUCUUCGACGCCCUCAACAUUAACAUUCACCUAACCACCGACGACUUUGAGAUGGACGGCCACGGUUACCCCCCGGGCGAAGGCCCCCCGAACGGUGAUGGAGAGUACGGUGAAGAAUGGGCUCGCGACCUGAGAGUAAAGUUCGAGUCACUUCUUCGUGACAAGCGUAUGACCGAACUUCGAACUACCUCUCGCCAAGGCACUCCUCAGCCCAGAGAGAGCGCAAGCAGUGCCAACCUCCGUGGUCUCGCAUCACCCGGUCCCGGUCGACCUUCAACUUCACACAGCUCAACACCCAUGCCGCCGACACCACCCGCUUACUCUCGCCACCUUCCCAAGAUUCCCACACCACCCGCCGCCCACGACCGCGAUUCACAAAAAUUCCGCAACCUGAUGAUCAGCCUUUCUCUCACUCCGACAAAGUACGAAAACCCUGGUUUAUUGGACGAGGCUCUGCAGUGCAUCCCCCUCGACCGGAUAUACGGCGAGGCGGAAGAGGAGUGCCAAGUGAUGCAGGCCGAGGCUGAGAGUAUGGGAGAUGGACGCAAAGCCACUUGGGGCUACCAAGAUUGCGUGAUCCGCGCACUACUGAGAUGGUUCAAGCGAUCAUUCUUCACCUGGGUCAACAACCCUCCGUGCCCCGUAUGCCUUUCGCCCACAAUCGCCCAAGGCAUGACGCCCCCGACGCCCGACGAGAGUGCAUGCGGUGCGCUUCGGGUCGAGCUUUACAAAUGCUCAGCCGGAGAUUGCGGCGCCUACGAACGGUUCCCCAGGUACGGCGAUGUUUGGAGACUGCUGCACACCCGCAGAGGACGUGUUGGAGAGUGGGCGAACUGCUUCAGCAUGCUUUGCCGUGCCAUGGGAGGCAGAGUUCGUUGGAUCUGGAACGCAGAGGACCACGUCUGGACCGAGGUAUACUCCGAGCACCAGAAGCGAUGGGUUCACGUCGACGCCUGCGAGGAGGCAUGGGACAAUCCGCGCCUCUACACCGAGGGCUGGGGUAAGAAGAUGUCCUACUGCAUCGCCUUCUCUAUCGACGGCGCCACCGAUGUCACCCGCCGAUACGUACGCAAAAGCGAUUUCUGCGCAGAACGCAACAGAUGCCCCGAAGAGGUUCUGCUCUACAUCCUGAACGAGAUCAGGGGCCUGCGUCGCGGCAACAUGAACAAGGAUGAAAAGUUCAGACUCGAGAAGGAGGACAGCCGUGAGGACCGCGAGCUCCGGGGAUAUGUCAUCAAGUCUAUUGCCCAGGCCGUCACCGACCUCGUUCCUGGCAUGCCCAGCCCUUCGGCGAGCAGCGCACCCCCUCCCCGUCAAGCAGCUCCUCAAAGACGCGACGACACCAAGCUGCCUGCUGAGCAGCCCGGUCGCCAGACCGGAUCCGCGGAGUACCUCGCGGCACAGGCCAACGCAAACGCAAGGCAUCACCAGUUCCCCCCGCACGACCCGAGCCGCCGCCGCGACCUGCCUUGAAGCAUGAGCGCAAGCUUUGCGGCCGCGAUUUAACCCACACGAUGGCAUACCCGCCACACAACCUCCUGCCGACCCGAGGCCACUUCUUUUGCGGGCUGGCAAUAUCUGCUACUUUUUUCAAGAUACCCAGUAGAUGCCAGAACCCCCCACCUCCAUGGCCCCGAGGUCGUCGCCGCUCAUCCGCCAUGAUGAGCGGCUUUUUGCACAAAUGUGCAGCACCUAUCAAGGCAAUGAUAAUAUUUUCUAUGUCUAAUCUACCUAAAUCCGAUACAUUGAAAACAAAAAACAACGGCAUCAUAGACCGGCGCUCCGUCCCUAUAUAUCAACUCGGUACCACUCUUCAGACGGCCGUACACAUCUGAUCGUCAUCACCCUCUGGAUAUCGCAUCGAUCUCAUCGGGCAACGGGGCUCGAAAUGUAUCUACCACCACCUCAUUUACUUCGCUUCAUUUCCUUUGUCGAAAAAUAUCGCGCGUUGGACAUCCGCUGGAUGUCGGCGAUAACAGGCGCAACCAUGGGAUAGGCAGGGCUUGCCUGGUCACUUUUAUAAACAAAUCUGCCUCGCACGACACGAGGCAGAAGGGAGAGGAAGCCGGCGAUCGAGGUUCGAAGCCAAGGGACAGCAAUGGCUCACCAUCGCGCCGAGGUUCUUCUGGAAGGGGCGUUUCGGGGACUUCCACACGUGUACGCUGGGUUGUGUUGCAUCUUCGAGUCUUUUUUGCAUGAGCGAUGAAAGGCACCAGAUACGCUUUCCAUCUGGCCGAAAUGGAGUUGACGAUUGAAGAAGUUUUUUUUAUUUACUUAUUUUUCUCAAAGAGAACUUUUUGUUUCUCUUGUCCCUCUGAGGAGAGGACGUAGAUGGAGACAUCCGGACCGCGAGCUUGAGAAGCCAUGUCCGCAGGAUUUAGAAAGCAA